GUGGAGAGACAGGCGGCGGAGGCUGCGGCGCGGACGGCCUCUAUCUCUGCUGCAGCUCAUCGACGCGCUGCCCCAGAUUUAACGCGUAGAGACUGUGAGUCAUCUCUCCCUUGCUUCUCGUAGGAGUUGCAGUUCCAGGAACAACAGCCCAGAAGAGGACGCGGUCUCCGCGAAGGAGGCUUCAGCACCGGCACCCCGACGCUUAGCGGCGGAAUGUCUGUGGUUGGCAUUGACCUCGGCUUUCUCAACUGCUACAUCGCUGUAGCGAGGAGCGGCGGCAUCGAGACCAUCGCCAAUGAGUACAGCGACAGGUGUACCCCGGCCUGUAUAUCUUUGGGAUCAAGAACUCGAGCCAUUGGAAAUGCAGCUAAGAGCCAGAUAGUAACGAAUGUAAGAAAUACAAUUCAUGGCUUCAAAAAGCUUCAUGGGCGAUCAUUUGAUGAUCCCAUUGUGCAAACUGAAAAGAUCAGGCUUCCCUAUGAGCUGCAAAAGAUGCCUAAUGGAAGUACAGGAGUUAAGGUACGGUAUCUAGAAGAAGAGAGACCUUUUGCAAUUGAACAAGUUACUGGAAUGCUGUUGGCCAAACUUAAAGAGACUUCAGAAAAUGCCUUGAAGAAACCAGUGGCUGACUGUGUGAUUUCAAUUCCUAGCUUUUUCACUGAUACUGAGAGAAGAUCUGUGAUGGCCGCAGCCCAAGUUGCAGGUUUAAAUUGUUUAAGGUUGAUGAAUGAAACUACUGCAGUUGCACUAGCAUAUGGAAUUUAUAAACAGGAUCUUCCCCCAUUAGAUGAGAAACCAAGAAAUGUAAUAUUUAUUGAUAUGGGACAUUCUGCCUACCAGGUCUCAGUUUGUGCUUUUAACAAAGGAAAACUUAAAGUCUUGGCUACAACCUUUGAUCCAUAUUUGGGUGGCAGGAACUUUGAUGAGGCUUUAGUAAACUACUUCUGUGAUGAGUUCAAGACCAAAUAUAAGAUAAAUGUGAAAGAAAACUCUCGAGCCUUGUUGCGCUUAUAUCAGGAGUGUGAGAAACUAAAGAAGCUAAUGAGUGCAAAUGCAUCAGAUCUUCCACUGAACAUUGAGUGUUUCAUGAAUGACCUUGAUGUCUCUAGUAAAAUGAACAGGGCUCAGUUUGAACAAUUAUGUGCUUCCCUCUUUGCCAGGGUUGAACCACCAUUAAAAGCAGUAAUGGAACAAGCUAACUUACAACGUGAAGACAUAAAUAGUAUAGAAAUUGUAGGGGGAGCAACACGAAUUCCUGCAGUGAAGGAACAAAUCACUAAAUUCUUUCUGAAAGACAUAAGUACCACAUUAAAUGCCGAUGAAGCUGUUGCAAGAGGAUGUGCAUUACAGUGUGCGAUUCUCUCACCAGCAUUUAAAGUGCGUGAAUUUUCCAUAACAGACCUUGUUCCCUAUUCAAUCACAUUGAGAUGGAAAACCUCUUUUGAAGAUGGAACUGGUGAAUGUGAAGUAUUCUGUAAGAACCAUCCUGCCCCAUUCUCCAAAGUCAUUACCUUCCACAAGAAGGAACCAUUUGAACUAGAAGCAUUUUAUACUAAUUUACAUGAGGUGCCUUAUCCUGAUCCAAGAAUUGGGAUCUUCACUAUUCAGAAUGUUUUUUCACAGUCUGAUGGUGAUAGUUCCAAAGUGAAGGUUAAAGUUCGUGUUAACAUCCAUGGAAUCUUCAGUGUGGCUAGUGCAUCAGUAAUUGAGAAGCAAAAUGUAGACGGGGAUCACAGUGAUGUUCCUAUGGAGACAGAGACUUCAUUUAAGAAUGAAAACAAAGAUGAUGUGGAUAAAAUGCAGGUUGACCAAGAAGAAGUAAGUCAUCAAAAAUGUUAUGCCGAACAUACUCCGGAAGAGGAAAUAGAUCAUACAGGAACCAAAACAAAGUCAGUUCCAUCAGACAAACAAGACCCAUCAAACCAGACCUUUAAAAAAGGAAAAGUCAUGAGUAUUGAUCUACCUAUCCUGAGUAGCUUGUGUAGACAACUGGGCCAAGAUCUUCUGAACAGCUACAUUGAAAAUGAGGGAAAGAUGAUAAUGCAAGAUAAGUUAGAGAAAGAAAGAAAUGAUGCUAAAAAUGCUGUUGAAGAAUAUGUAUAUGAUUUUAGAGACAAGCUGGGCACUGUCUAUGAAAAGUUCAUCACUCAAGAAGACUUGAAUAAACUCUCUACAAUAUUGGAAGACACAGAAAACUGGCUUUAUGAAGAAGGGGAGGACCAACCUAAACAAAUUUAUGAGGAUAAGCUUCAAGAACUAAAGAAAUAUGGCCAGCCUAUUCAAAUGAGGUACAUGGAACAUGAAGAGAGACCAAAAGCUUUAAACGACUUGGGGAAAAAGAUUCAACUUGUCAUGAAAGUGAUAGAAGCACACAGAAUCAAGGAUGAAAGAUAUGAUCAUUUGGAUCCUGCUGAAAUGGAAAAAGUUGAAAAAUAUAUCAGUGAAGCCAUGAACUGGCUGAACAGUAAGAUGAAUGCACAGAACAAACUAAGUCUUACUCGAGAUCCUGUGGUGAAAGUUUCAGAAAUAGUUGCAAAGUCAAAGGAACUGGAUGAUUUCUGUAACCCCAUCAUUUACAAGCCCAAACCGAAAGUAGAGGUUGCUGAAGACAAAACAAAAGCUAAUAGUGAACACAGUGGACCAAUGGAUGGACAGAGCGGGACUGAAACUAAGCCAGAUACAACAGACAGCUCACAGCAUACUAAAUCUUCUGGAGAGAUGGAAGUGGACUAAGUCUUAAUUUUAUCUUCAUGUAAUUCAAACAAGUGCAAGUAACCACAGGGUCCAUUCUUUUACAUGUACACACAACAGAUGUUCAGUUGUCCUCAACCAUGUUUUGUCAUUUGUUUUUUGGAGAGUUUUGAGAAGUGUUUUAUAUUAUAUUGAGUGCACCUCUGUUAUUCCAUUGCUGCUUAUGUGAAGCUUAGCUGAAUAUAGAUUUAAAAUCAGUUUAAGCUUUCCUAACAUUUUUUUAUCAAACAUGCAAGAUUGCUAUGUAGUUGGCAACAAUCUACCUUAUUUAAAGCUUCUAAUUGGAUAAACCUCAGCCCCUUUAUUCAGGAAGAGAUACUGUAUUGCACUAUUGUUGCAGAAGCAUAGAUUUAAUUGCAUCAUUACUUUGAAAAAUAUACUGCAGUUGAUGUGGUUUAAAGUCACUGAGGGACUGACCUUUUUCUAGUUAUUGUAUUGUUAAAAUUUAAUUAUUAAAACAAAUAAUCUCAUUAGUGUGCCAUGAGAAUUCCAAAGCUUUGUUGUCAUCCCAUAAAUGAAUUUAAAUCACAUGUUGAAAGGGAAAAUGCACAAUUUAUGUUAAAGUGACACCAGCAGUUUGCUUCUUUUAUUAGUAAUGUGAAUUGAUGUUUUCUCAGAGUAAUUCAGUGUCAUUUUCUCCUGAAAUUUCUCAUCGACUUGUCCUCAAGACCAUCUGCUGCUAAAUUAACACUAGCCUAAAGAUAAAGAAGCAUUUUUUAUGAAAACAGCUUUAUGUUAAUGGAGAAAUGCUGUUGACCUACUUGGACAUACAUCUGUGUUGUUAAUAGUCUUGUUUCCACUUUAAUAGUUGUUUUGGUUUUAUUAAUUCAUUUUGUUAAUAUCUUAACACAGGGUAGGGAGAAAUGGCACAAUGUAUUGCAUUAUAUACAUUUAUCACUGAUUUACUUAACAUUAAGAUAUAAAUACUAUUAAGUAAUCAGUAAUACUUGAAAAGAAGCAUUUAUAUAUCAUUAAGUUUGAGGAAAUAAUGCUUGUAAUAAACUUAACUAUGUUAACAUAUCAACAGGCAAAAUACAGAAUGUUCCAUAGUGUAAUAUGGUAUGAUGUGAUUAAAUUACAGUUCCUGCUGUUACAUGACCUGUUCGGAUCUUGGCUCCAGUUUUGGUGCUUCUUACUUAAAUUAUAUGGGACAAGGAAGGGACUGUGAAAUUAAGAGAUUUUAGGAACUUAAUCUGUGCUUCAUCACCAGUCUUGUUCAGAUUGUUCAGUUCUGUCCAGAGGUUUGAAACCAUUUUAAAUAUGGAAGCAGACUGAAAUGACUUUUCAACCUACAAGAAGCAUAGACGAUGCGUGGGCAUUUAUGUUUACUGUCCAUCAACUGGUUUGACCUAGCUUGAAAUUUUGAAAGGCUCAGACUUUUUCCCAAAGCUGAAUCUCUAUAUUAGGAAGAAUUAAUAUUGACUUUUCUUUAAUAAAAAUUGAGAAUUUAAUAUCUUUAGGGAUAGUCGUUAUUUCUCACAACUAGUUCUCUAAGAGAGAUUUUGUUUCUACAAUGUAGUCUGCACUACAAGAAGAGUAUGGGGCAGUGCAUUUUGCAGGGAUUAUUCAUACUUUUUGAGGGAGAUGUCACUUUUUGCAUUAAAAAAGUCAUAUAGACACAAUAUAUUUUUAAUGUCUUCUAGUCUUUCAACUAUCCUUGUCUUAGUACUCUUAAAAUGAAGUAACUAUAUCCAUUAGUAAUAAGUGAUGAAGUACAUUUUUUUAAAAGCAUGUAUCAGUUAUUCUUUAUUUUUAUGUUGAAUGUAUAGGUUCAUUUCAGGAAAAGCAUCAAAGUUAUGAAAGGGACAUCAACAGUACAUAUAAGGAGUUAAAGCUCUUUGUUGAAUUAACAAGAAAACCUCCAUCUACUUUGUUAGGAGCUAAACCUCAAAAACUUGUUGGGAAUAAAUUUAAGAACAACCCUUACCGCAUCUGAAUUGUCCAGUAUAUCCUGACAUUUUCCCUUCCUUCUCUGAACUCAGUUUAUAUAGUUCAGUGUUGUAGUCAGAUAUGUGUGACAUUCCAAUUCUUGCACUUAAAUAACCUUUGAUUUUCCUACCAAUUUAUUCAUUUAUUUAAAUGGUAUUUUCAAAAGCCCUAUAACCUUAUAAUGUAGUUGUUUACUGAAUAUAUUAAUAGAAGGAAUGUUCUCCUUAAUACAGUUUUGGGUAAAAGACAUGGUUCAGUUUAAUUUUAAUCUGCACCAAAAUAUGUAGUGCUAGACAAAAAAAGAUUCUUUUCAAAAUAAAAAGCCACUACUACUACUAUAGGAGUUAUUUUAAAAAUUAUAUAGCAAAAUAAAAUGUUUUCCUAUAGUAAGCAAUAACUAUGUAGGAAAUAUCUAGGAUGCUUAAGCAGUACAGAUUAGUACACUCUGACUCUAGAAAAAUAUAAAUUACUUGUUUUCAGAAACCAACUCCUUAUAGCCAAUUUAUACUGUGAUCAUAAAAACCAAGAUUGCUAAAUAAAAGUUUGUGGUGUUUUAACUCUUCAGUAGUAUACAGAAUUCUUAAGUUUUAUAACAACCAGAAAUAACACAACAAAGAAAAGGCUACUGGAGACAGAUGCAGUUUUAAAUGGAUAAUUAGACUUUUUUUAAGAAAUAAAGAUCUCGAACACUUUUUUGGGUCAAUUUUUAGUAUAUUUAUGAUUAUUUCCUAGAUAUAUAAGUCAUUACUUAGAGUGAAUUUUGCAGCUCAAUUAUCAAUGUAAUAAAAUGAUAGUAUUAAAGCAUUUUUAUCCAAAUUAGCACAUCUUUAAAUGUUUUGAAAAAUUACCUGUAUUUAAAGGCAAAUGAUGUUUGAAUGCAGUAUCAAAUUAGUUGACUUGGGUUUGACCCCAAACAGCUAUAACCCUCCCUCCAUUUUCAUAAAUUUGAAUUGUAAUAAUGUAUAUAGACAUUCCCAUUAAAAUUUUGUUUUGUUUUUAAUAGUUGGCAUUUGGCAGUCCACAAUAAUUAAAGUGUUGGUGUAAAUUUAACAUAUUAUAGAGAUUUCAAAGUGAUUCUUAAAUGACUAGAAAAAUAUGCCUUCAAAAAAAACUUCAGUUUUAAAGAAAUUGUUAUUUGAGUUUUAAGCGGAAUUUGGUUUUCUAAUAUUUGAUUCUGUAAAACUUAAUAAGAGGCAUAUCUAAUUAUAUUGAUAUAUCAGUAUUUAAAAUGUGAUGGCACUGAUUAAAGUUAGCAACUAACGACUUUUCAAAUGACAUAAGUAGAGAUGCUUAUAAAAUUUGAUUUUAUAUUUUAUUAUCCUUUUCCUACAAUAUGUUUUCUAACUAUCAUUCAUCUAGCAAAAUAAUCUCCUGAAAGCAGUCAAUUUCAGAAGACACUGACUUCUUUUUUUGGGGCGGUAUCAUUAAUGUACAAUUACAUGAGCAACAUUAUGGUUACUAGACUCCCCCCAUUAUCAAGACUCCACCACAUACCUCAUUUUAGUCACUGUCCAUCAGCAUAGUAAGAUGCUAAAGACACUGACUUUUUUACCUAAAUAGGAAAACAUCUUUAAAAUUACCUCUUGUUUUUUGUCGGGGUCUGAAUUAAUCCAAAGCAUCAUUGUAAAAAUAAUUCCCAGUAAGCACAUAAUUUUUUUUUUUACAAAAAUUCAAUGCAGAUCACAGACCAAGACUCUUCUUAACCAAACAAAUAAAAAGGAAACUUUACCCAUUUUACUUUCACAUCUCUAAUUUAAAAUGAACUAAAAUUAAUAUUCUUCCAUGUACUCACACAGCUUUCGGUUUAUAAAAUACAGACAGAUACAUUUCUAAGGGUUUUUUUGCUAAAUUCAAGGGUAAUUGUUUCACACAAUAAAAGGGCACCUGGGAAUUUUAGAAUGUUAACAAACUGCUUAGAAGAAAAGAGGAAAAUCCAAAUGUCUACUACAGUAUCACUACGUACAGGUGGUGAUGGCUUUUUCAUCUCCCAGAUCCCUAAGGGUGCCUCUAGCAUAUUGUUAGAGUAAGUAUUGAAAGAAAAAGCACAUCUGUUAAAAUAACAACUUGAAGCUUUCAAGUUAAUAAAACUUAAUAAUUGAAUCAUGAAUAUUUGAUUUCAGUCUGUCAAACAGGUAAAAAUCCUUACCACCAAAACCAAAAAUUAAUAGUAUGAUGAUCUUCACUUUGGAAUCUCUAACUUACUGUCAUGUCCUAAGUCACAGGAUGAUCAUUAGAGAAAUGUAUUGAUACCUAAAGUGACCCAUCCUAUAGAGAUGAGUAAAAUUCAACAUGUUUUAUUACAUAGUUGAGUUGCCUUACAGUAUAUAAACUAAAGAUGGAAAUGAUCUUAGUCUUCACUGUUAUCUUCUCAUCCAGUUCUGGACUCUUAAAUAAUACUUAUAUUUUUCUCAAAUGUAUUUUGCUUUUUUAUUUUGAGUUAUUCUUUAGGUCUUCUAUGCAUUUUAAAAAAUUGUUUCACUGCUGCCCUAUCAUUUUGAUAGCUAAUUGUGUUACUGUUGUUUCUUCUUUCAUACCAAGUCUUACUGUUAAGAAUUUUUUUGACUAAUAAUUGAGAAGAAAAGCCAUGUUACAAGUUUCCAUAUGUAAUAUCCCUAAAAUUUAAUAGUGGCUUCUAGAUUUUUCAUAUUCUGGCCUUAGAAUACUUUAAGUAGUUAUGGACCAAAAGAGGUUAAUUGUAUGAGUACUGCAUAUUAAGUAACCAACAUCCCUCAUUUUUAAUCCAAAUAGCAAUGUGACAAAAUAACAAGGAUCAGAAAUUCAAAAUCGUUAAAGAAUAGACACCUCCAAUUUUGGGUUUCUGAUUAUAUACGUGAAUUGUGCAUCUUGUUUUUUUAAUUAUGUCCUUAAAUUUUUUGCUUCCAAGACCUUGAGUUAAAAUGCUUUUGAAAUUUUAUGGACCCACCCAGAACGUAGCUGCUAAAGUGUGAUUAGAGAUGGAAAUCUAGGUAAUGGAAGCUUUAAAGCAUUGUGUUUUUUGCUUCCUUAAAAUAAAUUUUUACUGCUUAGUGUCUUGGAAGGAGAUUCACGUUAAAAGUGAUUACCUUUUAUAUUUGGUAGGAUGAAGCCAUUGUUUAAUACCACAGUAUAUAGUGGCAAUUUUUUAAUGAAUUUAACAAAUUGCUAGUACAAUUUAGUGAUAUGACAUCCAAGUCAUUUUUUCAUCUCUCCAACCAUUAUUAAAAUAAUUUAUGUACACACUGACUCUGACUUCAGUUAUUAGUGUAAAAAAAGACUUCUGGCAGUUUAGUUCCUACUAGGUAAUAAGUCUUUUUUGUCUUUAAGAAAACUACUACAUUUGAUAAUUUCACAGUUUGUUUUCAAUACAGAGAGUGAACAGUGCAAUGUAGAAAAUCAUAAGUGUGAUGUGUUUAUAAAAAUAAUUGUUUUGCAUGUAAUAGACCCUUAGCUUCAAUAAGUGGACGUCAGAAUGGUUUGUGAUAUUCCUUUGGUAACAUUCCAGGAAUUUAUAUUUGGCAUACAAUUUUGGUUCACAAACACCCGUAAAAAUGUUUUCAUAUGGAAGUAUCGAAGUAUACAAAACAUUUUCUGUGUAUGUAAAUUGGCAUCUUCAUGCUAACAAACAGUAAUUGAUAAUAAAUGCAAUUUGUUUUUGGAUGGUAGCACACAUUGUCAAGAAGUCAUAUAAUAAUAAUAAAUAUACUUACUCCUUGAACCAUGA